AUGACGUCGGGAUCAUCCGAAGCCCAAGCAGCGACUUUCAAGAGUAGCUUCAAUGACAGAGUCACAAUUCCUGACUCUGAAAACCCGAAGAGAUGGUCGAACGGGAAGAAACGGACUAUCACUGUUGUUGCCUCACUCAUGACAUUCUCUGUCACCUUUGCGAGUAGUAUCUUCAGCACCGCGGAAAGGCAAACGGCAGCGGAAUUCCAUGUGUCACACGAAGUGAUGAUAUUGGGUCUUAGCCUGUUUAUGUUAGGAUAUUGUUUUGGUCCGCUGCUAUGGGGGCCACUAUCCGAGAGCCAUGGGCGUAGAUUACCCUUGAUGCUUGGUGUGAUCGUCUUCUGUAUCUUUCAAGUGCCUGUAGCCGUGGCCCAGAACGUGCCAACCAUUGUAAUCUGCCGCUUCAUCGGUGGUCUAUUUGCUUGUUCGCCGCUGUCAAUUGUUGGGGCUACUCUUGCGGAUAUCUGGGAUCCGGUGGAACGGGGAAUUGCUGCAUGUAUAUAUUCCGGCGCGACAUUCUCGGGGCCGGUUCUGGGUCCUAUUGUGGGCGGUUUCGUCGUGGACAGUUAUCUCGGCUGGCGAUGGACUGCCUGGCUGACUCUUAUCCAAGGCGUCUUUUUCUGGGUCCUUGGCAUGAUGUUUGUGCCUGAGACUCACGCCCCGACGUUGCUGCGUCGGUUCCAGGCUCGUGAGUGCUCUUCUGAUGCAGGGGAAGAGCUUGGACAAUUAAAUGCCACUUCGCCAGUGAGCCACAUGAAUUGGAGGGAAUUCCUGACAAAAUACUUGGCACGACCAUUAGUAAUUAUGUUGGCAUCCGAGCCAAUCCUGCUGUUAACAACCCUGUACAUGUCCCUCCUCUACGGGACGUUAUAUCUCUUCUUUGAAGCGUAUCCCAUCUCGUUUCAGGACCAGCGUGGAUGGAAUGCCGGUGUGGGAGCCUUGCCUUUCCUGAGCAUUAGCGCAGGUGUCAUCUGCGGCAAUCUGACCAUCGCAGCAACAACCGUCUUCCGUCUUAAACGCAAAUACGACGAAGGGGGUGGUGUAGUCGCACCGGAGGAGCGCUUGAUCCCCAUGAUGGUGGGUGCUGUCGUUUUACCGCCAGGACUAUUCUGGUUUGCAUGGACCAGCAGCCCUCACAUCACUUGGAUACCUCAGGUCCUGGCCGGGAUUCCGAUCGGCAAGGGUAUUCAGGUCAUCUAUACGAUGGACCUCAACUACAUUCUGGACGUGUACACCCCAUACGCUGCACCCGCUGUUUCAGCGAACACCUUUGUCCGCUCCAUGGCUGCUACAGGGUUCCCUCUGUUUGCUACCCCAAUGUAUGACCGUUUGGGGAUUAAUUGGGCCACCUCCCUGCUGGGGUUCGUGUCGGUGCUCAUGAUGCCAGUGCCGAUAUUGUUCUAUAUCUACGGGGAGCGAUUAAGGAAGUUGGGCCGCUAUAGUGUCACGUAA